AUGUACAGCAUCGCACGAUCGCGCCUCGUGGGCCCCGUUGAUGUCGGUGGAUCAUGGACUCUAGCGAACGCAAGACUACAAAACGGUCGCGUUUUGAUCAGACUGAGCCGGAACCCAAACGCGUAUCCCGUUUCGAUCGGCGCUCUCGCUCGCCCGCUGCCCGGCGGGUCGAUGCGUCGCGCGAGCAUCCUCUGCCGUCACGCGAGCCAGGUACGCCCGGCGACCAGGAGCCCAAACGCCAUGACCCUGCUGCCGCCGCUGGUACGUUGA